AUGCAUCAGUGGCAGUUUUUCAUCCUACUAUAUGUGGAAGCUAGAAGUCAUGCUCAAACUACAGAUAAAGUGAAACAACAAUGGAAUACUGUAAGUGGUAUUACUACUAUUUUUACAACAACAACAACAAUAACAACAACAACAACAACAAUAACAACAACAACAACUACUACUACUACUAUUACUACACCUAUUCCUAUUACUUCUUCAUCUGUCAAAUUUUUCAAAGAAGUAUUAAUUCAUUCACCAAAUGAUGAUGUAAAUGCGUAUUGUCGAAAUGGUGGUAUUAUGGUUGGACAUGGUUGUAUUUGUUUUCAUCCAUAUACUGGAACACGAUGUUUGGAUUUUGCUUGUGCACAUGGUAUAUCAGUUGGGAUUCGUUAUGAUCCAGAUAGUUUAUUCUUUAAUAAACCUUGCAUUUGUGAUGAAGAAUGGAGUGGUGAUUUAUGUGAUAUAUUGAAAGCAAAUCAGGCAAGCAAUUUCUCAUAA